AUGAAGCCCUACGAAUAUCCUCGAGUGCGGCCUCCCACCUCACUGCAGGCGCCUCAAAUACCAACUGGACCCCGAUUCUCAUGGAUGGUGGACACACCGGCUGAGGAGGAAAAUCGAGUGUGGACGAACAACACAGCAAGGGGAGCCAUACACAUCAGCAUCCCAACUGCCAUGCAAGGUCCCGGACAAGAGGGACAGGAGGGAGAGGCUAUGGAACCACGCGGAUACAAUUACGCAGCAUAUGCGUAUCAAGGCCGAGACGUCGGGGGGGUAGUACAACAACAGCAACAGCAGCACAUUCACGACUAUGAACAUCAACAUCAACAUCAACAAGACCUUUAUCCCACAUCACCAGCUCCCACACCACAAGGCCCAAUACCUCUACCAGCCCAGACACAAUCAGCCACUCAUGGACCACCACUGUCUAGACAUGAACGGCAGGCUCCAAUCGCAGCAGAUCCUGUUAAACAGCCUCAGCCGCAGUCUCAGCACCCACCCCAUGAACCGACCACACCAAUCCAACCUGACGUGAAUCCAUUGACACCAACCACCCCCAAGGUCUCCGACCCCGCGAGCACCACCACCACCAAUAUGGCCAUCAUCCUCCCGUCGAGCGAUCCAUCCCAUUUCUCCGUGGGAACAUUCACCCCAAGCCCACAGGCCAUCCGCGGCGGUUCAUGGCAACACGGUCUCUGUUCCUGCGCCGAGCCCUCGACGUGCAUGACGGCGCUGUUCUGCCCUUGUCUCGUGUACGGGAAGACCCAGUAUCGACUUGGUCUGCGGGCCGACAGGAAAGACCCCACCAACAUGCUGGGCUACACUGCGGUGAACGGCUCCUGUAUUGCGUUUGGGGUUCUCUGUGGCGUCAAUGGCAUUCUGGCUGCCAUUCAACACACGCGCGUGCGCAAAGCCUACCACAUGAACACGGAGGCCGGGAACAUCGCGGGUGACUGUCUCAACGGUUGUUGUUGCUGUUGCUGUGUCGUCGCUCAGGACGAGAAGGAAGUCAAGUUCCGAGAGGAGCAGGCUAGGAAGCCCGCCGGGUCGACUGCAGGAAGAAGGGAAGGCUAUGUGGCUCCUACUGCUAUGACGUUCGGCGCGCCGCCCCGUUGA